CACGUAAAUUCCCAAAAGCAGGGCAGUAAAACAAUAAACAGAGAAGGGAAGAAGGAGAAAUCCUCCGUCAAGGAGGAGGAAGAAGAAGAAGAAGAGGAGGAAGAGUAGAAUAGAGUCUAACUCUCUUCUCUUCUCUUCUCUCUGAUCUCUUUCUCUCUCUCUUUUCCUUCACUACCUUCAGGUUCUACCGGAAUUGGUAGAUUUUUAUUUUCAAUUGUGAGAUGGGAACGGAGAUCUUACGUCCUCAAUACUGUUUAAUCGAUGAAUUGAGAGUGAACUCGGCCGUCUUUCCUCGCCGCAAGCCCUACGCCGGCAACCAUAGACCUUGCCGGAAACAGAGCAUCGGGCCUGAACCUAGAAAACGUAUUACUCACACUGAACCCUCGGUUUCGCAUAGAUCGACUGCAAGCUUUGAUUAUUCGAAACCGUCGUUGCCGAAGAAUUUGGUCGUGGGACAGGCGGCCAUCGUAAAGCGUGGUCAAUCAUCUCUCGACCCAGAUAGAAAAAGUGAAUUUUCUACGAAGAAGACUGUUUACGGCACGGAGCGGUUGGGACCAAAGCCAGAAAUGGUGCCUAAGCAGAUUCGAAUCGCCGAUGCGAAACUGUUUUCGCCUCGCGUAGCCGUGCGGUCCGACGUUUACGCUGGAUCGUCUUGUUCUAUCUCACCUUCUCCUAGCGCUCUUCCCUUGCCGAGUUUUUCCAAGAAGAAAGACCAGCCAGCUCUCUUCGACGACUCUGCAACAAAAGAUCUAAGGCGUAUUCUUGGACUUGAUUAACUUAAUUAUGGGACAAGAUUAAACAGGUACCUAAAUCUAGACCCGUUACACGCCUCAUUCUCGUCGCUCGGAAUUAUUCAAAUCUCAAAUUUCUCGUGAUUUUUUUUAAACGGGACUAAGAUUUGGAAUAUGGGACGAGCCAGAAAUGGUCUAAUCUACAAAAGAUAUGAUAGCUGUCUGUCUAUAUCUAUCAUUAUUAUCUCCAUGAAGAAGUAUAUGGAUGGAUGAAUUAGGUUUGUUUAGGGGCAGAAAAAGCUGGGUUGUAAUUUCAGGAAUUUGUAGUUUGUUUUAUAUUUUUCAGUUUGGGGGUAUGGAGUAUGGUGAAGCUUCUGCUCUGUUGCUGCUGUUUGUAAACCUCCUCCUUCUCCUUUUUCUUUUUCUUCUUCUUUCUUCAUUCUUGUUCUUCUUCUGUAAUGUAAUAUAAAGAAGGAUAGGGGGAAAAAUCUCCCCUCUGUCUAUUAGUAAUUUAAAUUUAAAUUGGUCUGCCA